UCUGUCCUCUGGAAUCAAUGUGUUCAUCACACGUAUCUGAUUAAUUCAAUAGUUGCUUAAGAAAAAUGAUAUUUCUAUCUGGGGAUAAGAUAGAGUGCUCCCUCGCUUUGAUUGCGCUAACGUUUGCGGUGUUUUUAGGCGUAUUUGACAGCAUAACAUGGAUUGCAGCUAUCAGUGCUGUGUAUUUUAUUGGUGUUUUAUGGGGCACAAACUUUUUGCAAUAUGUAGGCUUUAAUUUAAAGAAACUCCACUAUGUGUCUAACUUGACAAUAGGCGACAACGAGUCCUGUGGCGUCUGUGGAGGUGACGCCUGUAAACGUCAUCGGCCGUCAAGAAAUUUGGCACGCAUCAACGUCCCCAAAGAUUUUGACGAUGCAUUAGAAAAUCUCCUGGAGCAGCUACUGCAGACGUAUAUUUGUACAUGGUAUUUGGAAUUCUCUACUGACGAGGCUUUUGUACAGCAAUUUCGAACCUGCAUAGCAACUGCGGCUGGGAAUAUUGCUCAAAGACUUUUCCGUGUUGAUACAGCAGCAGUAAUUUUUGAUCAAUUAGUACCUAUAGCUCUGCAGCAUGCUCAGGACUGGAAAAUUUUGGUCGAUCGAGCUAAAGCUGAAGGUGGAAAUCCUGCAGAUUACGUAGCCGAUUUUCUGGGGCACAGAAUACAUCCUGCUGCAUACUCACGAGAAGCUGAACUGAAUUAUCUCAGAGGCCUGGUCACCACGCUUAUGCCACUUUUGCUACCAACUACACAUCUCUCCAUCAACAAUAAAAUUAUUUUGAGAGAAAUUUUGGCCAACUGGGUUCUUUUGCCUGCGAUGGAUGCUCUUGCUGAUCCGGAUAACAUUAAUACUCUGGUCAUUCUUUCCACUCAUCACGAAGGCGAGUUCACCCAAAUAGCGGACUCUGUUAAUGUUCCGCUCCUACAUUCUUGGGCUAUGCCUCCUCUCCUUGUUGAUAAAGUUCCCAAUACGCUAAAACCGUCGUUAGAAGAGAUCCUGAACAAUCCCCAACUUCUCUAUUUAUUCAUGCAACACAUCAAGGAAAUCGGACAUGUUCAUCUCUUACAAUUCUGUUUGGACAUCGAUGAUCUAAGCAAGAGACUAUUGAAUCCAGACAUAACUGUAGAGACGGAGGGGAACUUGUAUGCAGUUGCCCAAAAUCUCUAUUCUUCUUACCUCACACCAGAUACCCCCAAUUAUCUUCACUUGCCUGUUCACAUAUCAAAGGGAUUGCAGAAAAUUCUGGAAGGAGGACCAAGCAAAAUUCAAGAGCUAAGAACUUCGCGACCACUGUAUCAGGCUCACCAAGAAGCCCAUACGAUUUUGGAAAUAACGUGUCUGCCUUCUUUCCAUCACAGUUAUCAAAUUUACACUUUGUUAUGUGGCCAACAGACACCCACAAGUCAUCCAAAAUCGAUGAAUCAACACAAUCAAGGAGGACCGAUUGGUAUGGGGAGUAGAUUUAGCAGCCAGAUUGGUCGAAUCCAGCGGGUAUUGCGGACCUCUGCUGUUGAUGGAGCACCGUAUCAACAAGAAAACGUUUAUCAAGCCGAAGAGGUUGAUUGUACACCCAGACUUCAUCCAAUUUCAAAUUCCUAUGAAGAUGGAGGAAAUAGAGAUCUCACUACCUGGCGUGUUACAGUCCCUCAUGUCGAUGGAGGUGGCGCACAGCCACUUUACAUGAUUGCAGUUCACAGCGUAGCACAAGAAAAAUCUUGGACCGUGUUAAGGAGAGACAUAGAUUUUUAUUCUCUCAGAACACGACUUGCUGAAUUCCAUGGAGAUCGAGAAUUAAAUGACUCCCCACUACCAGCUCGUAAAAAUCAACACCCAUCGUUGAACACAAACAGACAAAGAUACCAGGACUUCUUGCAGAAGCUGCUGGCGAAGCCGAAACUUAGGAGCAGUGAACUGCUACAUACUUUUCUCACAGCUCCUAAUUUAGAGCCAUACUAUUCCAGUUAUAGUACGCCAGAUAUCGGAUUAUUUUAUCAAAACGUUGCUCACAAGUUACGGAAAGAGCGUGGGCAGCAUUUGGAUAAGUUCAUGAAAACCUUUCUUUCUUCUAUAAAUAUGAAAGACGAACGCGCAGAUGUCGGUGUAGAACCGUCCAGUGAACAUAGUCUCAGCAUUUUACAAAGAAAAGGUCGGGACUUGGUGCACGUUGGACCGUUUGGCAACAACCUUGACCUCCCAUCAAAGCUGCAGGAUUUCCAAUUCGUUUUUACCAAUCAGCCACAACACGUGAAGGGCGCAUGUUUCUGUAUCGUUGAGGCAGAGAUAUCACAAAGGACAGCGCAAUGCUGAGUGGUAAAUUGAGUAGAUAUAAUAAUACAAUACAAAUUAUCCUUAUCACACGUGCCUGCUUAGCACGUUUAAGCAAAUAAAAAAUUGAAUUAGCCUAGUCAGGGGACAAUAAAAGUGAAUCACUUUUUCCCGUUGAAUGUAAGUUAAUUUUUACUAGCCUGAGUUUAAAAUAGGUACAACUUAUUUCACAAAGAAAAAUUACGCUGCACAAGUCAACAACUAAUAUGCAAUGUGACUUAUGUUUUCUAAUAGUGUUUUGUGCAUACCUGACCACUCUGAACUUAAAAUUUGGACGAUAAUUCUUACGACCAUCGUUAAUAUUACGAAUUAGUUAUUGAUGUCAUGAUAUUUGAAUUAUUGCCUCUUUGGACAACCAACUUUACUAUUUCGUAUUACACGACAUGUUUAAGUCGUCAUUAUUUUGAAUACAUCAUUAAAUUACAAAAAUUUUCUAAGCUUUUAUAGGAAGAGGCACUGACUUUGCUCCUAGUUCAUAUUGUAUUUGCUCUAAAGGCUUCCCUUUUGUUUCGGGCACAAUGAAAGCAACGAACACUGUACCUAAGGCACAAAUUACACUGUACAUCCAGAAUGUAGUGUGUGUACCGAAAGCCAGUACAAGGUCACUGUAAGUCCUUGUCACUAAAAAUGCCAUCAUCCAGUUGAAAAAGCAAGCACUACUACCAGCCACACCUUUUAUUUGUGGUGAAAAUAGUUCUCCAACCAUCAUAAAUGGAAGUGGUCCAAAACCAAGGCUGCACAUGAGGACAAAGAAGCAAACCGAUACUAGUGGAAGCCAGUUGAUUGAUGAAACAUCCACUUCUAUGUGCUCCAAGUAAUAAUAGGUGCCGAGAGAAAACAUACCUAUCGUCAUUGCUACUAUGGAUAUAAGAAGCAAAACUCGACGUCCGAGUUUGUCAACAGUUAAAAGACUGAUGGAUGUGGAUAAUACCUGAAGAGCUCCAACAAUAAUUGUUGAUGUGUCCGUGGAAAUACUGCCGUUCUUGCCGAAGAUACUUCCGGUAUAAAAAACAAUUGCAUUAACACCACUCAGUUGCUGAAAGAACAUCAGGCCGUAGGAAAUUAUCAACCCAUUUCUGGCUACUUUCGACUUUAUUGCAUCAAUGAAAGAGCCUCUGUUUCUCAUCUCUUCUGACAAGACGUGUUUCCGGACUUGUAGUUCCUGUUCAAGGUCAUAUUUAGGACCACGCAGUUUCAACAAGCUACUUCUGGCAUCUUCCUCUCUAUUCUUCAUUAGAAAAUAAGUCGGACUUUCU